CUUCAAAACCUCGAUUCGUGCAAUAUGUCCUAAUGUUUAUAAAUUAAUAAAAUCCCGUAAAGAAUUCAAUGUCUAUAAAUCAAAUAAAUUUCGUAAAAAGUCUAAUGUCGACCAUGAAAUCGAGUACCAACUCAUUGCUGGAGAAAAUC